AUGGACCUCACACGCCACUUCCAGUACAUGGCCGUGGCCACGUUUGUGGCGUACCGAGCCUUUGCCAAUGGAGAAACACCCGUCGCUUGCGUUUUCGUCCAUGAGCCCAGCCAAACCAUCUUGGCCUUUGGAUGCAACGACACAAACCGCUCGCUCAACGGCACACGCCACGCCGAGUUCAUGGCCAUCGACAAAAUCCUACAGGAGAACCAUCUCUUGAACAGCCUGCCCGAAAAAGUCGCGGCGUUUUUCAGCCAGGUGGUGCUUUACGUCACCGUGGAGCCUUGUGUCAUGUGUGCUCUGGCGCUCCGGCAUGUGGGCAUUAAGAAGGUGUACUUUGGCGCCGCCAACGAUCGGUUCGGAGGCAACGGCACGGUGAUCAAGGUACAGGAAAACGACAGCUACUUGAGUUUUGGCGGAAUCAUGCGAGUGGAGGCGGUGCACUUGCUCCGGAAUUUCUACGUGCAAGAAAACGAAACUGCGCCCGUGCCCAAAUUGAAAAAGAACAGGGACAUCGAGGGGAAGCCGUUUCCGCCGAAUCUAGACUUCCCCAAGUACGUCACCAAGGACCAGUUCUGUGCCGAGUAUGGCGAAACGCGGGGCGCCCUUUUUUACGAUGAGCCUCAUCCUACAUGCGAGGUGACGCCCGUAUUGGGUGGCAGAUACGAUAUCAAAAUUUUACUAAGCGACGGGAAAAUUCUUGCCAUGCCGAAGUUAGGUGAACUUUAUCCGCAAGUUGCAUUUCUGCCGGACAACCAGGCUUACGCUGCUUUGGUUGAGGAGGACAUAGAUACGUUGGUGGCAUUUUUACCUGUGGUGACUGAAAAUGGAGAGGUGAAUUAUGAGAUUGACGUACGGCCAAAACGCCUAAAAUUUUCGAGUGAAGAUUAA